CGACACGCUAUGCGCCAAUGGCCUAGGCGUUUCUGAUGACGGAAGUGGGCUCACCGGAGUGUGCUACUUAGAGGGAAGCUUCGGAGUGCAAACCACUCCGAUCGCGUCGCUGAUAUACGGACGAGCGCGAUAGCCGCCGCCAAAGCCGUUGUGGCGCACGAAAGCUCGCGGUAUGCUGCAGGCGAUCGACACGAUGACUGCGUGGGGUUUACCGAGAUCAGUCCGGUCCAUCACUCCGCAUUCGACACCGACAGACGGGCUGUAGGGGUGUCGCGGGUCUCGAGGACGUGGUCGCCUCGCUCGCCUGACACCCAAUUCUAGCUUCCAACAGGCUUCCCGCACGCUUUCUUAGCCCCGGUGCGUAACACCGCGCGUGCGCCCGCGCAGAAGCUGGCACCUGCGGCCGUACCGCACUGGCAAAAGAUUGACUCCGCGAAGCAAGCACGCAACGCGCGGUGCGACUUGCCGCCACUCCACAAUUGUCCUUCCUUUCCGUAGCGGCCGGGCCAGGAGCACAGCGCAUUGCUGUGAAGGUUCGGAGAGGGCCUAGAGUACUUAUACGCACCUCUUGCGGCCCUCUGACCAUCUCCGCCCUCCGGACCUGCCCCAAACGACGCCAUCAUGCGCUCCGUCCUCGCUCUUCUCGUCCUUGCGUUUGCGCUGGUCGUCCAGGCCGCGCCUGCCGCCCUCGAGCGCCGCCAGAACAACGACGGUCCGAUCCUGAACCACUUCAUCCACCCGAAGGUCGAUGAGGAACCUAAGAGCGACAACGGUUGGGAUUGAGAUGGGCACCCCGAUCCUCUGCAAACCUUCCAUGAUGACCUUCGAGUGACUGGCUGUCGCGCUCUUGUAUAUUUCUGGCUUCGAUUGUACAUGUCUGUAGACCUGUGAUGUUGUAAUGUCAGCAAAUCGAAGGAGACAAGGAUAAUGUACACAGCACAACUGGGAACAGAAUAGACAGAUCACCGCCAAGACGAGGAGCAUUGGCGCACAAACGGAGUCGUUGCCUCGCGGAAAUGAGUACACCGAAGUCGGCUCUUGAUGCAGCGUUGUUAACAAUCAAUGGAGACACGCUUGUUUUCCUGCAGCUGGGCACUUUCGGUUGCAUUGCUCUUCUGGUCUGCGCACCGUGUUCCUCACUGGUAUCAAAGGCACAAGACAUUCACAGGAGGCACACCCUGGAUCUGCAAAAUCAGGGCGCAUAGAAGAGCCCUCACGCUUCCUUUUCU